GGGCAUGCCAAUGCAUGAAACAGCCAAGUCGUCUUUGAUAUGCGCUGCCUGUGCCCAGGUGAUACCCGUGGCCAUCUGCAAUACCUUGCCGUAUCCAAUCAAGGCCAAGGGCUGGACAUGCCUUCCCUGUGUGUUGGGCGAACCCUUCAUGGAUGCCUGGACACAAAUUGCCAUUAAUGGGGCAACCAUUGCCGACGCGGCAGCUCAGUGUCAAGUGGAUCGAUCCAAGUUAACUCGCCUGGCGCGGUGGCAUCGAAUCGUCUCUUCGCUUGCGACGCCGCAAUCAACCCAUAGCCACCAUGAGACGGUGCUGUAUACGAAAUUGCACUUGCAGUUUGCAGUUCAAUAUGCCUCCGAGCACGGAUGCGGAUGUCGACGCGCCGCUCGCGCGGCUGAACUGCACUUCAAACUCCCCAUGAACAGCAUUCCCCACGCCACAGUCUUCCAACACCUGCAGUCUCCGCGUCGUCGUGGCAAACCGGGGGCGAAGCUGAAGUUGUCUGCGUUUGAAGAAGCAUUGGUGGCGCAGCAGUGGAUCAUGCAGCAAGAAAACCACGGCGUGCAUUUGACCAAGGCCGAGGCGUCUAACCUAAUGGUGGUCCAGCUCACCCGACGCGACCGCCCCAACCCGUUUGCCAACUGCCCCGACCAUAGACCGAGUCAAGGGUUCUGGCGGGGAUUUCUAAGGCGACACCCCGCAGUCAUAUUCAAACCUGCUCGGAACCCAAUACCUAUUUUGCAGAGCAAUUCGAACUGACUCCUUCGACCCGCUUGCUUGUUGCCUGUCAACGGUGCAAGUUUCUCUCCGCUCGACGCGUGAUUCGAACGACGAAAUACCUCGUCACAUCCAAAAUCUCUGUCGCUACGUAUGCUGGCAGGAGAUUGCUUCCAUCGCUACCUAGCACGUGCUUAGAAAUCCUGCACAAAGUUAGCCUAGUCCAUAGUUGCAACAGCGAGUACUCACAUUAACAUUUAUUCUGGUGUGUCAAUUAUUAAUAAUAGACCGAAGCUAC